GUAUGCAUUAAAAGACAUCUUCAAAUUAAAAGGUGUUCAACAAUUAAUAUCAGAUUGUAAAAAAGCUUUCAUCAGGUUCAUUUGGUGUAGUAUUUCUUGGAAAUGACUUGUUGACAAAAUAAGAAGUAGCAAUAAAAGUUGAGAAAGAGGAAAAUGAGGAAGUUCGUUCACUUGAGAGAGAAGUGUAGAUUCUAAAAAAAUUAGAUGGAGCAGAGGGAUUUCCUAAAUAUUAUUGGUCUGGUGAAGAUUAAGGCUAUAAUAUUUUGGUAAUAUAAUUGUUGGGGAAGGACUUAGCUUAUCAUUUUAAACAAUUAAAGAAAUUCUCACUAAAAACAGUAUUGACAAUAGGAAUAUAAGCUGUGCAGAUUUUAGAGAGGUCUCAUUAAAAAGGAGUUAUUCAUAGAGAUCUAAAACCAGAAAAUAUGAUUCUUGGUAUUGGUAGAGAAAUCUCAAAAUUAUACUUAAUUGAUUUUGGCAUAAGCAAAAUAUAUAGAGAUUCAAAUGGGAAACACAUGUAAGAUAGAGGAAUUAAUAGAUAGAUCAUUUAAAGAAUAGAAAUCCUUUUUAGGAACUACAAGAUAUGCAUCGAUAGCAGCUCAUUUAGGACAUGAAUUAGGAAGAAAAGAUGAUCUUGAGUCGUUAAUGUAUAUUUUAUUAUACUUUUUACGUGGGUAUUAAGUUAUUUAAUACUUAAGAUAGUUGCCAUGGUAGAAUAUGGUUAAUGUCACUGAUGAUGAGAGAACAAAAAAGGUUGGAGAAAUGAAAUUAUCACUUGAACAUGAAUUAUUUAAAGAUUAGACAGGAGAAUUAUAAAGAGUAUAUGAGUAUAAACAUUAAUUAGAUAUAAUAGUUACAUAAGAAGAUUAUAAUUUAAAUAAGAACCUAAUUAUAAAAUGAUAUUAUAAGAAUUGAAAAGAGCAGCAGAUUCUAUGAAUACUGUUAUUGAUGGUAAUUUUGAUUGGACUGAAAUAAAAUCAUCUACACAUUAUUAGACAGAUACAAAUUAAAAUUUAAGUCGUAAUAAUAUUCCACUUAAUUCUAAUGAGAUGAAAAAGUCUAUAGAAAAAUAAUUAUCAGGUCUUGUAUAACAUGGGUAUUCUUUAAUUAUUAUAAAGCUCUAAUAAUCUAUUGGCUCCUCCUCCAGUAGGUUCUACUCGUAAUGCAAUAUAGAGAGAUGAUAUUCGUAAGAAUUCAAGUCUCACAUAAUAAAGCAGUAUUAAUUAUUGUUAAUCUCUCAAUCCAAAUUAUUAGAAAUCAAUUUGUGAAGAACCAUUAAAUGAAGAAUAAUAACGUUAUUAUUAUGAUUUUGAUAGUGUUGAAAUAAGUGAGAAUCAAAAAACAGAUAGUUCUCUUCAUAAAAAAUAUGACAAAAUUAAAAUGGGAAUUUAUGUGUAAUUUAUUAAAUAAUAUAUAUCUUAGGCAUUUUCUCCCAAAAACAAUAAAACUAAAAUGA